AGCUGAAACGUCAUGUAAUUAAUUUUUUGCCUGUGACCUGUGAUUCAUUGGCAUGAGGACAUGACGUUCCUAUGUUUGUAAUUUGUUCUUUUUAUACAACCUAUAAUGGCAGAUAAUUUACAAAAAAGGCCCGUCAAGGGUAUUCUAAAAAAUUCUAGCAGUUUUGACAAGCAAGACAUGCCUUCGGCAAAGAAAGCAAAAGAAACAAAAUGGGAUGAAAUGAAUAUUAUAGCUACCCUACAUCCGCCAGGGAAGGACUAUGGUCAUAUGAAAAUAGAAGAACCAAAGACUCCAUACAAUUAUGUAGAAGUAGACAACAUUGAUGGGCUAGAUGCAAAUGAAUUAGCAGAGAAGAUCCGCAUUGAGGCAGACAAACCCCCCAAAGCACUUAUCGUAGAAUCUGAUGAAUCAGACGAUGAGGAAUUAACGGAAGAAGAAAAACUGAGGAAACGAGAAUUUGAGUUGAAAAGGAAAAAACACUAUAAUGAAUAUCAUGCACUGCAGCUGGCCAAGAAGCUUUUGGAAGAAGAAGAGGAAGAUGAUGAUGAAGAAGAAAAGAAAGAUGAGCCAAAAUGCAGUAAAAGCGAUUAAUAAAACUGAGUUAUUAACAAGUAAAGAUGGAGAAAUUAUUUUGGUCCAAUUGCUAUAAUAAAUGAAAUCUCAAAAAUCAAAUUUGGUUGAAUAUAGGAUGAAGACAAUCUGAAUGGAGUUAGAAAAAAAGAAAUAAUGAUUGACAUCAAAAUUAAAGGCAUGUUGAAAUAAUCAACUUUAACACUUUAAAAUUGCUUUAAUCCAAAUGUAUUCCAAAAUAAAGCUUCAAGUGUUGUGACCAACUUUAACCAUACAUAUUAUCUGCGUCUAAAGAAUAUAAUACACAUUGUCACCUGGUUUGAAAUUCAGUAUGAUUAUGAAGACUGUUUUGACUUAAGAGCAUUUUAAAAUAAUGAAGAUGAUAUUAAAGAAAUUGGCUCAAGUGCUUUUCUAAGAACAAUAAAAAUAUGUCACAGUUUUUUUGGUAUUAUUUUGUAACUUAUUUUGGUACCAGAUUUUACCCAGACAAUGUUCAAAUGCUAUCAGUAUUUUUUGAGCAUUAUCGGACAAAAGUUUUAAAAGGUAAUGUGUCAAAUUAUUCAGGACUCAUCUCAUAUUUUUAUAUUUGUACACCACAAUACCAUGUAUGUAUCGCCCUGAUUUUAGUAUCCUCAGUCGAUUCCAUAUUAAGUGAAAAAUUUAAUUUUUAUAAGGGUCAUUCAAUCAGGAUGAAUGUUUGUUGAAAAUCUCUUAAAUGCAUUUGAUGGUUACACCCAUUGAAAAUUCUGCUCAUUUGACAUUAUUUUCAAAGAAUUUUCAUAUUGUUUAAUUUGCUAUAGCAACUGGACUGGACAAAAUGACAUACAUAAAGAGGCUUGCAUAGUAAGUUAAAUAUUUGAUUGUUUGUUUCUUAUAUUUUUAUGUUCUGUUUAUUUAUUUCAAGCUAGAAGGGUAAGGAUUGCUUAAGAUUUAGAAAGAUGGUUAUUUAUAGAAAUUGUGCUUCCAUUAGAGAGGAGAUGCUAUUAAAAAUUGAACAGUGUCUGAAUGGAUAAAGUCAAGGACUAGGUUGUUCAUGUAUAAGGGUUUCUGUCGACUUUUAUACUCCAAUUCCGAAACAAAAGUGGCACGACAAUCGGAGAUAAAAUUUCACAUAAGGUGUCGGGCGCACAUCUACACACAAUACGUCUGGUAACAACAAAUUUGGACUGUAUGUGACCACACUCUGUAUUAUAUUAAUAAAAGGAAAUGUGCAAUAGAAGUUCCAAAAAAGUCAAUAACGUAGAAAAUAAUUUUCAUUUGUAUAUUAUAUUGGUUAUGAUGUCAGUAAUACAUCAUGUACAAUUUAAAGUCGAUAUCUUAAACUAUCCCAAAAAUAUUAUUUUUUUGAUUUCAAAAUUAUAAUUUCAAUACCCUUUAUCUCGGUUAACAAGAAGUUUAGGACUCAUGUUUACAUAAACUUUUUGUGAUAUUUUUUUAUCUACUUUACUUUCCUGAAAUACCAUGUGUAAUCAUGAAAUAAUAUACAAAAUUACAGCGAAAAUACGGUGAAAAUUGUCCAGUAGGUAUCGAAAUUUUCCCUAUAGAUCCGUAUCUAUAGUUACCAUUCAUGUGCAUUUGUCAUCUUGACAUGCAUAAAUAUAGAUACUUUUACUCUUUCAACUCUGGAAAUAACCACAUCCGGUUAUUUUAAUAAUAAAAUAAACUCAUGCCGUUUUUAGACAACACGCUUUCAUGAAAAUUUAUCGGUAAUUUUGAUGCACUUGUGUAAUUACUUCCGAAAUCAUCACGGCGAAAAUUUCAGACUUAUAGACUUUCAAACCCAAUAUUUUAAAAGCGAGAAAAUUUCAUGAUAACGUUUGAAUACCCCUGAAUGUUCACAUGAUCACUUUUUUAAACAUUCCUUUAGAAAAAGUCAUAAUUGUAUGAAGAAAUCCACGAGGAAGUUUUUGAAGUUAUCAAGACGUCAAAUUCAUGUUUUAUACUUUUGAAGUUUGGCCAUGAACUCAAUACAUAUAGAAAUCCAUGAAUUUCUUGUCAAUGUAAAACGGGUAUAAGAAUAACGAAAAUAAUACGGAAAAUACAAAGCCUUCCAUAAGAAGUCAUGUAAAUACAUAUGAGCUAUUUGAGAAAGAAACACCCGGUUCAAGACAACACGAGAACAUAUCUUUAUGAGUAAGCUAACCUAAAGAGUUUUGGAGUACUGUGCAGAAAGUUUAAUUUUGUUAAGAAAAUCAAGCUGGUCUUAGAAGAAAAAACAUUGACUGUCAAGUAAAAGAUUUGCCAAAAUUAGCAGAAAGCUUUUCCAUCAGGUUUUUAUCAAAAUUUACUCUAGCAGUUAGGCUAUAGCUUCAGAUAAAUUAUUUUGCUGCUUUAUUCAUUUAGUUAGACUAGGACACUCUUCAGUUAAGGGUAACAAAGAGCAGUGAAUCUUGAUCUCAUACUGGCAUUUAGAGAAAAGUAAGGCUUUAGUUGUCGUGAGAUUGGAGUAUCAUAUACAGAUGUUUUUACUGAGUAUUCUUAAUGAAGGAUUAUGGGAAAAAUCAAAUUAUACAUUUUGAAAUCUAAACUUAUUUUAGAUAUGUCGAAUGAACAACCUUCUCGUAUUUUCCUUCACUUUCUUGUCUCAGUAAAAUCCGAAUGAAGCUGCUAUUGUGCUAUUGCUAUUCUAAUGUCUAUAAUGAGAUUCAACAUUUCCGUUUUUUGCAUCUAAAUCUGCAAUUUAGGAUAACCAAAUAGUGAUAAAGUGGACAGCAAUCCUUGAUAAUUUUCAUUUUGUAUAGAUGCAUUGGCUGUGUGAUGAAUAUAAUGAAGUAUUUCGAAAAAAGUAUAAAAUCUUUUAAACAAGCCACAAGUCAACUAGUGUGGUCGAUCCACACCCUAGUAACUUAAUAUUUGGGUAGGGAAGGUACAAAUUCUUGUGGUUCUGCCUGUCUCCAAGAGACGAUGAACCUGUCUCGCAGGGCAUUAUUGGCUUUGGUUUCAGAUUUUAUAUGAAUAAAACCGUCGGUUGUAGUUUUAGUAAUUCGAAAUGAUAAAAUGUUUUUCCGAAAUGCUUCACAUAAUUUAUUUAGAUGUAAAAGCUCACAUUUCUCUAAUAAUGAAAGACAGCAUAUACAAUACACUUAUAUAUUUUUAACAGAACAAUGUGCACUGUAUAUUAAUCUUUAUUUAUUAUUUAUUGACAAUUUUAUGAGAUUUUUGAAGUGAUAUCAUAUUUUUUUUCCUUUAUUGGGUUUUACCAAUUAUUUCAUUGGUGUAGUUGUAUAUUCCAGUGGCGGCUCGCCCCAUGACGCAGGUGAAGCGCUGCUUCACCUGCAAUUUCAAAAAAAAUAUAUUUUUUUUAUUUUGAAAUUUAUAAAAAAAAUUCAUUUAUAUCUUAAAAAAUUAUUUUUCGGACAUUCUUUAUUUGUAUUUGCGAUCAACAGAAUACUGAGAAACACCGCAAAAAACAACGCGCCUACGUUUGCGCUUAAUUUGGCGUGUUGAAACAGAGACCUGAAGCAGCUUUAUUUACACCGCAUUGCUGCGUCCAGUACAGAUACGAGCAAAUACGACGGUUGCCAUGACAACGGCACGCGCGCUUCCGUUUUGGCCGAGGCAAGUGAAGCAAAUUAUGAAUUUGCGUCUAGUCUGCUCUGCAUUAUUACCGAUAUCGUAUUGUGUCGAGGUUAGUUUUCAUUGUUUUGAACAAUGUUUCCUGUCUAUGAUACGGUUUGUGUUAUGUUGGAAAAAUCGUUUUCUCAAUGGAGUAAUGAUGA